GCGAAACGCCACACCGCAGCAGCAGCAGCAGUGCCCGGAUUUCGAGCCGUGUGCUUUUCUCCGCCGUCAGCGACGUCGUAUUCCAUCGCCAACCGUGAAGGAAGGAACGCGGCCUGUGCGGUUCUUCGUUCUUCCGCAGUCUUUCGGGUAGCUCUGUGUGCGUGCGCGAGCGCUUUGUGUGUGGUUUUUCGUUCGGAAUUUUCUAUCCAUUUUUCGCAGCAGUAAGUGAACCACCCAGCAGUAAAAAAACCCACCAUGUAUCACCUGAAGACGAUCGCGAAGAAUGCCACCAUCAAGCAGGAGGUGGCCACGCUGGUCAAGGCCGUUGCGGCCGUCCAGCAGCCGAUGGCGAUGAACCAGCAGCAGCCGAAGCGCACCUACGCCGAGCACCAGAUCCCGGAGCGGCUGAAGGAUGUGUCGACCGCGGCCAACCCGCGCUUCUUCGACAUGGUCGAGUACUUCUUCCACCGCGCCUGCCAGAUCUGCGAAGACAAGCUGGUGGAGGACAUGAAGGGCCGCGCCUCGAUGGACGAGAAGAAGAAGAAGGUGAAGGGCAUUUUGAUGCUGAUGCAGCCGUGCGAUCACAUCAUCGAGAUUGCCUUUCCGCUGCGACGCGAUUCCGGCGACUACGAGAUGAUUACCGGCUACCGUGCCCAGCACUGCACCCACCGUACCCCGACCAAGGGCGGUAUUCGUUUCUCGCUGGACGUGUCGCGCGAUGAAGUGAAAGCCCUGUCCGCGCUGAUGACGUUCAAGUGCGCCUGUGUGGAUGUACCGUUCGGUGGCGCCAAGGCCGGUGUCAAGAUCGAUCCCCGAAAGUACUCCGAGCAUGAGCUGGAGAAGAUUACCCGCCGUUUCGCGCUGGAGCUGUCGAAGAAGGGCUUCAUCGGCCCGGGCAUCGAUGUGCCGGCCCCGGACAUGGGAACGGGCGAGCGCGAGAUGUCCUGGAUUGCGGACACGUACGCCAAGACGAUCGGCCAUCUGGAUAUUAAUGCGCACGCGUGUGUCACCGGCAAGCCGAUCAACCAGGGCGGCAUUCACGGCCGUGUGUCCGCCACCGGACGUGGUGUGUUCCACGGGCUGGACAACUUCAUCAAGGAGGCGAACUAUAUGGCCCAGAUCGGUACGACGCCCGGCUGGGGUGGCAAAACCUUCAUCGUGCAGGGCUUCGGUAAUGUCGGUCUGCACUCGUGCCGCUACCUGACCCGUGCCGGUGCCACCUGCAUUGGUGUGAUUGAGCACGACGGUUCGAUCUUCAACCCGCAGGGUAUCGACCCGAAGGCUCUGGAAGAUUACAAGAACGAGAAGGGCACGAUCGUGGGCUUCCCAGGCGCGCAGCCGUAUGAGGGCGAAAACCUGAUGUACGAGCAGUGCGACAUCUUCAUCCCGGCUGCCGUCGAGAAGGUUAUCACCGCCGAGAACGCUGGCAAAAUUAAUGCUAAGAUCAUUGCCGAAGCUGCCAACGGUCCCACAACCCCGGCCGCGGACAAGAUCCUGAUCGACCGCAACAUUCUCGUCAUUCCGGAUCUGUACAUCAACGCUGGUGGUGUGACGGUGUCGUUCUUCGAAUGGCUCAAGAACCUGAACCACGUCUCGUACGGUCGUCUGACGUUCAAGUACGAGCGAGAGUCGAACUACCAUCUGCUCGCAUCCGUCCAGGAAUCGCUCGAAAAGCAUAUGAGCGCGGAAGACAGUAAAGUAUCCAAAGUUUCCCAGCUUUUACAACAAAUGUUUUGCAACCCCACUGUGGUCGUUCCCCGUCACCAAUCCGUACAGGCCUCGCUGGAGCGUCGCUUCGGUAAUGUCGGUGGCAAGAUCCCGGUCACGCCCUCGGAAGCAUUCCAGAAGCGCAUCUCCGGUGCCUCGGAGAAGGACAUCGUCCACUCCGGACUGGACUACACGAUGGAGCGUUCGGCACGCGCCAUCAUGAAGACGGCCAUGAAGUACAAUCUCGGACUGGACCUUCGCUCGGCCGCUUACGUCAACUCGAUCGAAAAGAUCUUCCAGACGUACCGUGACGCCGGUCUCGCUUUCUAAGCCCGGACAGGGAGAAAAAACGCCGCUUACCUUAUAUGCCAGCGAAGACACGCAUUUCGAUUCAAGAGAACACACACGGAGACGAACAAAACGAGCGCGCGCCAGCCAACACAACUGGUUCUUAGUUCAUUUGCCGAGAAGGGGAAACACGAUGCAACAGAACAGCCAGAGAGGGAGAGAGAGAUAGGAGUGGAAACAGCCACCGGCGAUCGUGUUUUUUCACAUUGUUAGAUGUCUAAGGUUUCGUUUACCUACACCUACCUCAUCGCCGUGCCGAUGCGGAAUGGCUGCAAGUGAUGAUUCCCACAUUCCAUGCGACAUAACAUUCCACGAGUACGAGUAGUAUGAACAACUGUGGUGUGUUGCAAUACUUUCUACACCGCACCGCAUCUCAACACACACACACUCAUUCCAUUUUUAACAAUCUUUAUUCGGCCAAAAGCGGUCCCUCUGCGUACUUGCUUGAUGAUUGUGUAUGAUGAUACUGGUGGCUGUUGUGGGCCGGAUUCGUUCCUCGGUUGGCACUGCACUUGUUGUUCGAUAAGUUUUAUUUGUAUUCAUGUACUUACAUUCAUCCAUCGUGUGGUACAGUUUAACUUCUACAAGCGACGGAAUGAUUACGCAUUAAGUUUCAUUAGCACGCUAUACUUUUGAAACAAACACAAACGAACCAAGAAGAACCGAAAAACUACGCAAUUCAACAUUCCCACAGUAGACCACAAUCGGAAACCCGACGCAACAGCACAGCAGCAGUAUAUUUAGUCGUGUAAUCGAGAUUUAAAAUCCAAAACGCAAGAGCAACACGGUGUUCGGCUCGUUGCCGUACGUAAAGUCGGGAAGGGUCCCCCCCCCCC